GGAAUGAAGGGGUCCUGUCCCCAAGAGGGCGGGAGGGGAGAACAUGAGAGUGAUGGGAUAGAAUGGGGGGAGAAACGUCAGUUGUGAGCUGGUGGGUCUUUCUGGAGGCUCUGUGUGGAUUGAAAGUGGCACAAUUUCAGAGCAUGCAGCAGGGUUAGGCGUAACUCUUGAACAAAGCCAGGCUGGCCGGGUUGUGUCUCAGAAACUGCAAACUUGUCCUUGCUAGUGGUAGGUGUAGCAGCAAGCGAGAGUCUGAGAUGAGGAGCAUGAAAUACGUAUCAAACAAUGGGCGUUCAUUUGCCAGAAUUUCCUCAACUCUGGAAACUCAAGGAUAUAAAUCUGCUCAGACUCAGGGAGUGAGAGCUGUGCUGUGCGGAAGAUGCUUGAAACCAUCAAGGCUCCUGCCGGCGUGACAAGUGUUGACUUCGGAGCAUGGACCGGCAAGAGACCAACUUCAGUUUGAGGUACAAGAUGUCACAGUAUCAAAUUCACAUCCUGUGAGUCCACUGGCACGAGUGGUGCAUCUCGCCAUUGUCUUGGACGAGUUGAGUUUGAAAAGGUUGAAGGUUUGAUAUUGCUGUCAACUGAAAGCAAAUUGGAGGCCAUGGGAAAAGAAGAGACCGGAGAGUCUAUGCUGUACAAAUUAAACACUGGUUCGUACGUUCCAGCUGUGGGAUUCGGAACUGUUGCACUAGCAGAACCCCCUGAGGUGGUGAAAGAUGGUAUUCGCAAGGCAAUUCAGGUUGGGUACAGGCACUUUGAUACAGCAGCUUACUAUGGAACUGAAGCCUUGCUGGGAGAGGUCAUGUGCGAGACUUUUGAAAGCGGCACAUUAAAGCGCGAUGAAGUUUUCGUAACAACGAAAUUGGGGAUGGGCGAUUGUCACAAGGAUGGAGUUCUUCCAGCUCUUCAAAAGAGUCUCAGGGCAUUGCAGAUGGAUUAUGUGGAUCUGUACCUGAUACAUUGGCCUCUGCGAGUAAGGAAAAAUGGCAGUAAUCAGAAAAAUGUACGCGAGAUACAACCAGAAGACUUUUUGCCGUUGGACCUCGUUGGCACGUGGGAGGCAAUGGAGAAAUGUUGCGACCUCGGGUUGGCUAAAGCAAUCGGCGUCAGUAAUUUCAGCGUGAAGAAGCUUGAAAACCUUCUACCCCACGUUAGAUACGUUCCUGCUGUAAAUCAGGUGGAGAUGCAUCCGACACUGCGCCAGUCAAAACUCAGAGAUUAUUGCAGGCAAAAUGGAAUUCAAGUAAUCGCAUGGGCACCUCUGGCAGCACCGGGUAUUUUUUAUGGGGUCAGAUCCGUCAUAGAGAGUCCAAUUAUCCAGGACAUUGCUAAGAAACAUGGCAAGACUCCCGCUCAGGUCGCUCUCAGAUGGGGUUUAGAAAAUGGUGUUUGCGUCAUACCCAAGAGUUACAAGGAAUCAAGGAUAAUUGAGAAUUUUGGGUGUCAAGACUGGUGUCUUACCGAGGAAGAUCAUGAAAGAAUCAACACUUUACCGGAAAGUCGGAUGUAUAAAGCCCUGAAUUUUUGUAACGACACUACCAGCCCAUACAAAUCAUAUGAGGAUCUAUGGGACGAUACUCUGUAAUCCGGACGUGACUCUUGUAAGGAUAUGCCUACCCCCACCUCCUCCUCUUCCUCUAGACAGCUACGAAGUGCGUCCAAGUCGCAAAUUCCAAUGGAACCAAGCAUUCCGAUUUCUGACUAUCGUGACAGAGGCGGUGCCACCGUCAACACAUCUUACAUCGAAUGUGAUCGAAAAGGACAAAUCCCGAGUUCCAGCUUCUAUCCAUAUCCCUGGAUAUACUUGAUCGAUGCAGAGGAUGUCUCCAACUCACAAUUACGACCAUAUCCGUGAGGUGAAAGGGAAGGCCAAAGUCACGCACUGGUUGGCAAUUUGCUUCCUACUGCUGGCUUUUGACCGAUAGGUCCUUCUGAAUUCCUGGACAAGGUUGGAGCCUACGGGUACGGAUACGGAAAUGGAAACGAAGUUUUCCUCGAGCAGGUGUUGUGGAAAGCUAUAAACAGAUAGUACUUGCAGUUAAGUCUCACGUAGAUCUCUGAAGACUUUUCAAUUCAUAUCAAAACUGAUUCCCAUAUUUUUGGACAAUGUGAAUCUCCAGAUACGAUACGAUUAGUUAGUAGCUCACUCUUCUUCUCAAAACCCAUUCCAUGCAUGGGGAGAAGAGAAGGUGGAAGAAGAAACCAGUGUACACAGGCCUCUACUCGUAAUUAAAUCUCCACCACACUAAAACCUGUAGUAAUCUUAAGAUUGGUCCAAUGCUAUUCUCUCCUGCUAACACAUCAACUUCAAUGCUAUAUUAUGACUACAAAAAAUAAAUUGCACCUCCCAUAAGU